GUCGCCCUGCAGCAGCAGUAGCUGCAGCAGCAAGUCUGCCCUGGGAGCGCUUGGACGGUGUGACCGGCGUUCGGGGCUUUAUGGAGCGGGACUCGGCUGCAGUCGGAGCCGUUAGGCGCCUCCGUACCCAGGCUCCGCAGCAGCAUCACUACCACGACCACCAGCAGCGGCGACGACGACGACAUCCUGAAAAAGACGAAGACGGGUGGGACGGGAAAAAACCCGGUGCAGGCGGCUCUCUGAGGUUGCUGCCCGAGGCGCGCGCCUCGCUAGUGCUUCUGCUCUACUUGCUCGGGCUGCGCGUGAUCGUGCACGUCUCCCUUCUGCGGCUUCUGCAGGUGCCGCGAGACCCGAAGGAGUUCGAUGCUUUUCGCGCCAGGGCAUAUUUAGAAAAUAUUACUGCAAUUGGCCCCAGGGUUGUUGGAAGUCCAGAAAAUGAAAUCCUUACAGUCAACUACCUCUUACAACAGAUUAAAGCAAUUGAAAGUGAAAGCAGUGAUGUCCACAAGAUCUCUAUAGAUAUACAAAGGCCAACAGGCACCUUCAGUAUUGACUUUCUUGGAGGCUUCACCAGUUACUAUGAUAAUAUUACAAAUGUGGUGGUUAAAUUGGAACCUAGAAGUGGAGCUGAGCAUGCAGUACUGUCCAACUGUCACUUUGACUCUGUACCAAAUACCCCUGGUGCCAGUGAUGAUGCUGUAAGCUGUUCUGUGAUGCUAGAGAUACUGCACACUCUUUCAAAAUCUCCUGAACCGUUGCAGCAUGCUAUUAUCUUUCUUUUCAAUGGUGCAGAAGAAAGUAUCCUGCAGGCUAGUCAUGGCUUCAUUACACAGCACCAUUGGACUAAAUCAAUUAGAGCAUUUAUUAAUCUGGAGGCUGCUGGAGUAGGAGGGAAAGAGCUUGUAUUUCAAACAGGACCUGAAAACCCUUGGCUGGUGCAAGCAUAUAUCUCUGCUGCAAAACAUCCUUUUGCAUGUAUUGUCGCUCAAGAAAUAUUUCAAAUGGGCAUUAUCCCAGCAGAGACAGAUUUCCGUAUUUACAGGGACUUUGGGAACAUUCCAGGAAUAGACCUGGCUUUCAUUGAAAAUGGCUACAUCUAUCACACGAAGUAUGACACGGCAGACAGAAUUCUGACAGAUUCCAUUCAGAGAGCAGGAGACAAUAUCUUAGGUGUGCUAAAAUACUUAGCAAAAUCAGAUAACCUGGCCAAAUCUUCUGAAUAUCGACAUGGAAAUAUUGUCUUCUUUGAUAUCCUUGGUAUGUUUGUUCUGGCUUACCCAGCUCGUGUAGGUGCCAUUUUGAACUACGUCAUCACAGCACUGGCUGUUCUUUAUCUAGGCAAAAAAAUAUUACAGCCCAGAAAGCGAGCAAUUAGUUACCUGAAGGAACUUGCCAUUGCAUUUUUCUUCACAGUUCUGAGUUGGCUCACCACCUUCCUUGGCAUACUUAUUGUGGCAGUGUUUAUUUCACUAAUUGGGCGCUCUCUUUCUUGGUAUACUCACUUCUAUGUGUCUGUUUUUCUAUAUGGAACUGCAGCCUUGGCUAAAUUGAUUUUUGUACACACAUGGAUCAAGAGAUUCCAUUAUAAAAAUACAAAUGAACAGUUCCUUGGAGAGAUUUUCUUUGAUGUUUCACUGUUUUUUUGGUCAAUUAAGUUGGCCUCAUUUACAUACCUAGGAUUUUGCUCAGCGUAUGUCAGCGCAAUAUGGAUAGCCUUUCCUCUUCUCACAAAAUUAAUGACUUAUAAAGAGUUCAAAGAAAAAGGUGCCACAAUGAAGUUUCUUCUGAUUUACCUCCUGGGAAUGUUUGUUCCAUGCCUCUACUUAAUGUACCUCAGCUGGAUUACAUAUGAAAUGGUCAUCCCUAUCAUGGGACGGAGUGGUUCAGAAAUUCCACCUGAUAUAUUAGUGGCUUUUUUUGUUGUCGUGUCAUCGAUAUUACUUUCUUCUUACUUUAUUAAUUUUAUCUACCUUGCUAGAAGCACGAAAAAGACAUUAUUAACUUUAACCACAGUUUUUGCAGUUGCGUUCAUCCUUGUUUGCAGUGGCGUCUUCUUCCCUUAUAGUUCAGAUUUGGCAAACCCAAGGCCUAAGCGAAUAUUUCUUCAGCACUUGAACAGAAGAUUUCAUGAUCUGAAUGGCCACUUGGCAAAAAGCGACUCGGGAAUAUGGAUUAAUGGGCUCGACUAUGGUGGAAUGUCGCACAUCACUCCUCAUAUUCCUGAACUCAAUGACACGAUUAGAACAAAAUGUGAGGAAGAGUCACCUUUCUGUGGAUUACCUUGGAUCCUUCCUGUGAACUUUCUUUUUAGGAAAAAUUGGUAUCUUCCUGCUCCAGUGCUUAUACCAAAGGACUCUAUUCAAUUUCAGCUUCUAUCCAAAGAGCAAAUGCCCUGGGAUGCUACGAAGUUGACCUUUGAAAUAUCAGGUCCAAGUCAUAUGUCACUAUACCUUCGACCACAUCAAGGGGUGACAUUGUCCAGGUGGUCCCUUGGAGAUGGAACUCCUGUUGUUAAUAUAGACGGGGAUUACUUUGUGUAUUAUUCACAUGGGCUUCAGGCCUUGCCAUGGCGCUUCUGGAUUGAGAUGAAGGCCUCAGAUGAGCCAGCCAAAGGAAUGGUCACCCUUGCUAUAGCUACUCAUUAUUGCUUUGGGGAAGAUCAGAAGUCACCCCAGUUACAUGGCUUAUUAGAAAGAUUUCCCAGUUGGACAGUUCUCUCCAGUUGGGUCUCCACUUAUGACCAAUUUAUCUUUUAAUCCAGAAGUAAUGUAAAGGUCACUUGGGUGAUGGAUACUGAAUAACAGCUUUGAUUCAUAGGGAGAUUGGGCAAGUCAGAGGAGACAGUAUUUUAAAUUGUGGUGAAUAACACUUUACCUGCAAGGGUAUUUCUAUGGCAGCUUGAAUACCUUAAAAAAAGUGGUGAAGUUACCAGUUUCCCUCUUUGGCGAAAAGAAGAGCCUCUGUGCUUUUAUGCAAUACAGACCACCCAUUUCUCCCACUUGAAUGGCCAGCAUGCCUGUGAUGGACUUAACCAGGAAGGCCAUUGUAAAGCCAUAUUCCAAAGGCAAGGUUCAUGUUGUCUUGUAACAAAAGCUUUUGAGCUGGAGUUCUGAAUACAAUGAGGUAAAUAUUUAAUGAGCUUUAAAUAAUGUUGAGUGCUACUUUCCCUAAACACUUGUCAAUCCUUUGUAAUCAUCUGAACUAAGGCUUUGACUUAAGAGACUUUUGUGACUGUACAUCAUGGAGGAUAAGCAAGUGUUAAGUGAUCACAGUUCUGAGGCAAAGAUGCCCACUCUAUAGUCAAAGUUCUUUAAAGUCAGAUAGACUGAUUAGCAGUCUCUUUAGAACCCAAAUUUUUCCUAUGUUAACCUGUUCCAUCUUUUUAACACUUUUCCUUUCUGGAUUCUUGAGCUGAUGCUUUAAUUAGUCUAUUUUCAGUAGAAGUUGGAUAACCUACCUUCUGCUCUGUAGGGACCAAGCAGUAUGAAGGGCAGACUUAUCAGAUGCAAACACAGAAGCUCUAUGUUCUAUGUUAAGCACUGAGCUACCACUCUGGCCUUCUGUAUGUAUAUAUGUUUUUGUUGUUUUGUAGUUAGCGAAUUGUUGAUUAUUAACUUUUUUUUUCUUAUGAGUUUUUCAUAUUUGGAUUAGGAAAACCUCAUAGGAAAUUCCAUUGCAGUAAAACUUUGAUUUUAUGUCUUAAAGUUGAAAAUAUGUUUGCUUUUAACUGGAAUGAGCAAGAGCGGCACAAAGGCUUUGAAAGUAGUUUGAGUGUCUGGCAAGUGAGUGUCUGGCUCUUCCUUUACCUUUGAUAGCCCUUUCCACCCCCAGCAUAAUAAUCUAAAUAUUCAAAGCCUAAAUAUUUCUGUGCACAGGAAAAACAUGUUUGCAAAAGAAAAGUAUGUUGGCAAGAAAUUACAUUUCCUUACUCAAGAGCAAAAUGGAGGCUGAAAACAGAUGUCAUUAAUCAGGAGCUUUUUGCUGGUGGAUAUAAAACACAAAUGUAUAUGAUGAUAGAACAGAAGCUUCUGAUUCUGUAGAAAAGUUCUGACAGUGCAUAAACACGUUUUCUCCUUGGAACUUUUGUGGAUAAUGUUUAGUUAUAGAAAGUUAUUCAAACAUAAACACUCUAGUCAUUGUGUAGUCAAUUUAUCUUGUCUAAGGAAAAAAAGUCAUUCUUUUUACAGUUUCAAGUUGUCAGUACACAAGUAAUUUGGGCUAUACAAUCCCUUGGUCAUAGAAGGCAUAAAACCAACACUUUCACAUGCUUCUCUGUAAAUACUUUGUAUGAUACUACCUGACUUAUUUUCUGUAAAGAGGCUUUACUACUUUGAACUGCAGAGCCUGUGGAUAGAAAAGCAGUGCUCCAUCCCUCAGUAAAGAUGUGGUUGCACAGAGGUUACACUGCCUCCUUGAGCUUAGGGAAACAUUGCUGCCAAGAUGCCAAAUCAUAUAGGGAGCAAACCAUAGAAGGUUCCAUGCAUAUGUACUGGUUUUCAGGAUGACAUUAACUAUGCUAGUACAGCAUCCCCCAAAGAUGACAAACUGCUCUUCUUUGCACACAAUGCUCCCUAUGUGGGUCAGACCCAGACACUUUACCUUGAUUUAGCACUUUGCCAGCAACUCAAUGCAGACGGUAGGUAACAUGAGAAUUGGAAUCAGUUGCAAUCAUGUUACUUGCUUCUAAAUAAAGACGAUUAAGCACAUUAUCUUAAAGCUCUCACCCAAGCUGUUAUAUUCUUCAGUUUUGUCACUGGGAUAAGUUUUCAUAAUUUGGCUUAUAACUUUAAAAAAACACAGUAAUUCUGAAUUUCAUCAGCGUCGAGUUAUAAAUCACUUCUCAAGACACUCAGAUACAGAAUAAUUGCAAUUUACAAAUCAGGGCAAAACUAGACAUUUAUACAAAAGGCAUAGAUACAGCCAAAAAUAGCAACGAUGUGUUUAGUUUCUUUUCUUAUCCAGCACUGAGGGAUGAUAUUCUCUCUUCCUUUGCCCAUGGCACAAAGGAAGUUCUAGGAGGACCUCGUUUCUUGGCUGCUAUUUUUGGCUGCACUUAUGUGUUUAGUUUAAGAUACAGCUGGACUUUGAGAUAUAGUUGCUUUGCCCAUUAAACCCAAAACAUGCCGAGCAAAGCUGACAAAAAGCGACCUACACAAAGAUGUGUGUGACCUCUUGCCUUAGUAGCAACCAAUUAUGUGUGUAGUAUUUUUGUCUCUUCUGUUGAGAAUUUUCUCCAUUUAGAAGUUUGUCCUAAUUGCCUUAUGCACAUUGGCAGUUUUAUUGUAGAGAAGCGCUUGAAAUGUGUGUCAGUAACUGUUUUCCAAAACUGUACAAUAUAAGCCCACAAAGCCUUUCCUUAAAUUGACUUCCAUUGUGCCUCUAAAUCAUGUUGCAUGCAGCAAUGAAAAAUAUAUUAAAUGUGUCAAAAGGAUGCAAGUAAGUACUAACUUCUCCCUUGGGGAAAAAACUUUGCCUAACUCAGGAUGUUUUUUUUUACAUAGCAGAAUGAAAUAAUGGGAUAUGUGAGUUGUGGUUUUUAUUUAAAAAUACUGAAUUCCUGUGCCUUAUUCAAAAGUACUUAAUUGUUCAGCACAGGAAUUAUUUGAACUUGUCUUCCUCUGUUCUGGCCUUGCACUGAAAGCUUUGUGUGACAAAAUGAGCUUGAGAAUAAAAGAUACUGAGUUUAUUACAAGUCAAAUCUAACUAGCAGUAUACUCGAUUGUUGUUUAUGUAUACUUUAUUACUAUGAAGGUUUUUUAUGCACCUUUGACUGGACUUUACUACUUUAGACUGUAUGUGGCAUGCACCUUUAUACAAAGGUUCCUGCUCAUGUGAAUGAGUCUAUGCUUACUAUGCUGAGGUUCUUCUGGCUUUCUAGCAGGAAGAUUGAUAACCUAACCUGCUAUCUGAAAUGGGCGGGGGUGGGUGGAGAAAGAAAAGACUACUGUUAAAAAAAGGCUUUAGAACAGAUUCGAAAAUAAGAAAAACAUUAAAAGGCAAAUUGAAUGGAAUGUUAACUGAACUGAUGCUCAAUAAAAUGAUUUUAUGAAGAAA